GUGGGCCUUCCGCUAGACUAUUCUGUGCAGAUAGCCGGUGAGUGAUGAGACCCGUGGAAUCUGGAAGCGUGUGUGAAAAUUACAGUUCACUGGUGUGAAACUACUUUUGAUACAGUUCAGCAGAAUGGUGGUACAAACGAAUCUUGAAUACCAUGGAGACGACCAACAUCAAGAUAAAAUGAAAAUUGCUUUGCAUAAUUUUAUGCGAAGACAAAUCAAAGUAAGCAAAGUCAAUGUGAAUGGUGUUUGUAGAACAAAGGAUGAUUUUGUUCGCGGAGUCAUAGAAGAUUGUGGUGUUUUGGCUGCCUGUACAGUUCAAGAGGUUUUUAAAUGUAGUCGAAGAGCAAAGCUUAUAUUCCAGCGGCUUGGUAUCUUCAAAACGGUCGAUAUUUUUUUGGACAAAGACAAAGAAACUAAUGGUAUUGAAAUAAACAUGGAGUGUAAAGAAUUCCUUAUCAUUGGUGGAUCAGCGGGUACUCAAAUUGGGACAAAUGAGGGUAAUAUGGUUUUUGGUGGUCGACUGAUCAAUGUAUUCGGCCGUGGUGAGAAUUUUAAAGCUGACACUUCUGUGGGGACGAACACAAAAACCUGUUACCAUGCUGGCUUUGUAAAACCUCUUGGAAGGAGUUUGUAUAAGAAGUUUUCAUUAGAUGCGCGAAGGUCACUCAUUGAUUUUCCGUUCAGUUCUUUCAUGGAAUCCUCACAAAGUGUUUCAGCUGAUCUUUCGCUUCGGUCAUUUCUGGGCGCGCAUUCGCUGACUUGGGAAGGAGCAUGGAGGCGCAUAAUGGGUAUUCCACCGAUCGCUUCUUUUGAUAUACGUCAACAUGCUGGACGCUCUCUAAAGUCUUCUAUUAAACAUACGUUAGUUAUGGAUGGAAGAGAUAGUUCAGAAUAUCCAACUCAAGGACAUUACAUAAAAGUAACUCAGGAGUAUGCUGGCCUAUUGGGUGAUACGAAUUUUAUAAAAGGCGAGGGAGAAUUAAAACUCUUCGGUAGCGGAUCGUGGGAUACGGUAUUCUCAAUGACAGCAAAGGCUGGGUUUCUAAAGUCAUUCUCGGAAGGUUCUCAUAUCAACGACAGAUUUUUUAUUGGUGGACUCUCUAUAAGGGGAUUCAAGACCUUUGGAAUUGGACCGAGGAGGCAAAAUGAUUCACUUGGAGGUGAUUUGUUUUGGUCUGUUGGACUUCAUUUACAUACACCUUUGCCAUUUCGUCCUAGUGGUUUGGCAGAGAAAUUUCGAACGCAUAUGUUCGUCACGGCUGGAAACCUUUCACAAUACAAUGAAGACGUACCUUGGCGAAAGAGAAUCGAGGCCUUAGGUGAGAACGUAAGAUGGUCAUAUGGUGUUGGCCUUGUCCUUCUGGCUGGAAUCGCGCGGUUUGAGUUGAAUUACUGUUUAUUGGGUUGGAACUCUCUUACUGAUAGUAUCAAUCCUGGUUUACAGUUUGGUGUUGGCCUUAACGAUUUAUAAGAGCAACUGACUCAUGGAUUCAAACAGUUGCUUUGUUUGUUUUGGUUCCUCGUGUACAGUAUUGCUCAACAUUAUGGCUCAAAACUAUGGCUCAACAGUAUGGCAUCAGAUUAAACGCAGUGUGUUACAGUUUUCACAUACGGUGUUAUCAGAUCGGAUUGAUCUCAUUGAAUCCAAAAGUCUUUCUAUGUUCUCUCUUCGAAUCCAAUAUAUUCCUAAAAGUAUUGAUUGCAUCUGAUCUGUUCAUGUUUGAUUUAAUCCUAAAAAAGCGUUGUCCGAUCCAAUCUGUUUCUAUGAAAGAAGGAAGUUUGGAUCCGAAGUCUGAACAUAUGUAAAAAAAAGUUGCAAAAUGUCUUGCCAUGCUUGAGUGUUUAUGACCGAAAAUUAUGGCAGUUUUCUGUAAUUCCUGUAAAAAUAACAUUUUAUUGGGUUGCUACCUUCUUAAUUUAAUUGUGCUAUUUCACAAUUAGAUCUGAAUCCCAAUGUCGAGUGUAGACAUGUGUAGACAUAACCUUGAAUGAGAUUAACUAUGAAUAAGAUUAAUUAAGGUAUGCGUAAAUUUGUAAUGUGACAUGUAGACUUAUACUUCAAACAUGCAAGUUCUCUGGCUUC